AUGGAAUUGGGGGCAACUUCUCGGCCAGAAGCAGGAUGUGAAGUGAGCUGCACCUUCAGCCAGGGCAAGCCCCAGGCCAAGCACUGGGGUGCUGGCAGCCGGGAGGCGGGCCCAUCUGCUGACGCAGAGAGAACCAGGAGAGGCGAGGCCGCCGCCCACGCGGGCGGGGUGCAGGGAGGCAACGGCCCCCUCCCGGGGUGCAGCAGCCGUCGGUCCGUCCGCCCACCGCCCGGCGAGCCCGCGCGAGGCCCGCGGGGCUGCGGGUCCGAACCUCAGUUCAGCCCGGCGUGGCGCCUCGGCUCCCCCACCCGCCUCCAAGACCCCACCGAGGCUCCCUGCACCACCCCCUCGCGCUCGCUCCGCGCCGCCCUCCCCGCGCUCCCCGCGCCCCCAACUCUCCCAUUGCGCGCUCCCAGCACCCUCUGCGCCUCGAAUGCGCGCUUCCCGCGCCCCCGAGGCCUCUUUCCCCGCGCCCCCGAGGCCUCUUUCCCCGCGCCCCCGAGGCCCCUACCCCGCCCCCCGAGGCCCCUACCCCGCCCCCCCGAGGCCUCUUUCCCCGCGCCCCGAGGCCCCUACCCCGCCCCCCCGAGGCCUCUUUCCCCGCGCCCCCGAGGCCCCUACCCCGCCCCCCCCGAGGCCCCUACCCCGCCCCCCCGAGGCCCCUACCCCGCGCCCCCGAGGCCUCUUUCCCCGCGCCCCGAGGCCCCUACCCCGCCGCCCCCGAGGCCCCUACCCCGCCCCCCCGAGGCCCCUACCCCGCGCCCCCGAGGCCCCUACCCCGCCCCCCCGAGGCCUCUUUCCCCGCGCCCCCGAGGCCCCUACCCCGCCCCCCGAGGCCUCUACCCCGCCCCCCCUAGGCCCCUACCCCGCCCCCCCCGAGGCCCCUACCCCGUCCCCCGAGGCCCCUACCCCGCCCCCCCCGAGGCCCCUACCCCGCCCCCCCCGAGGCCUCUUUCCCCGCGCCCCCGAGGCCUCUUUCCCCGCGCCCCCGAGGCCCCUACCCCGCCCCCCGAGGCCUCUACCCCGCCCCCCCCGAGGCCCCUACCCCGCCCCCCGAGGCCUCUACCCCGCCCCCCCGAGGCCCCUACCCCGCCCCCCGAGGCCUCUACCCCGCCCCCCGAGGCCCCUUACCCCGCCCCCCGAGGCCUCUACCCCGCCCCCCCCCGAGGCCCCUACCCCCGUCCCCCGAGGCCUCUACCCCGCCCCCCGAGCCUCUACCCCGCCCCCCCCGAGGCCUCUACCCCGCCCCCCGAGGCCCCUACCCCGCCCCCCCGAGGCCUCUACCCCGCCCCCCCGAGGCCCCUACCCCGUCCCCCGAGGCCUCUACCCCGCCCCCCGAGCCUCUACCCCGCCCCCCCCCGAGGCCUCUACCCCGUCCCCCCGAGGCCUCUACCCCGCCCCCCCGAGCCUCUACCCCGCCCCCCCCCGAGGCCUCUACCCCGUCCCCCGAGGCCUCUACCCCCGCCCCCCCCGAGGCCCCUACCCCGUCCCCCGAGGCCUCUACCCCGCCCCCCGAGCCUCUACCCCGCCCCCCCCGAGGCCCCCUACCCCGUCCCCCGAGGCCUCUACCCCGCCCCCCGAGCCUCUACCCCGCCCCCCCCGAGGCCUCUACCCCGCCCCCCGAGGCCCCUACCCCGUCCCCCGAGGCCUCUACCCCGCCCCCCGAGCCUCUACCCCGCCCCCCCCGAGGCCUCUACCCCGCCCCCCGAGGCCCCUACCCCGCCCCCCGAGGCCCCUACCCCCCCCCCCCGAGGCCUCUACCCCGCCCCCCCCGAGGCCCCUACCCCGUCCCCCGAGGCCUCUACCCCGCCCCCCCGAGCCUCUACCCCGCCCCCCCGAGGCCUCUACCCCGCGCUGUAG